UUCCUUUUUUUGGCCGAAUCAAAAUUAAGCACGUUAAACAGCAUAGUACCUUUUUAAAGCUCAAAAAAAUUGCUCGUUUUGGUUGAACUUCGUGUGAUCAUGGAAGAUACAGAGAGCAGUAGCAGAGUCUUGGAUUUUACACGGACUCAGAGUCAGAGUCAGAGUCAGAUUCAGAGUCGAUUCAGCAGAGAGCAGAGGCAGAAGAUAGAAGUGUACAAUGAAGUCCUUCACCGACUUAAGCACUUGAACGUAGCAGAGACCAAUCUUCCUGGUUUUGAAGAUGAACUCUGGGCACAUUUUCAUGGCCUCCCUGUUCGGUAUGCUGUGAAUGUGAAUGUCGAGAGGGUACAAGAUGUUCUUAUGCACAAAAGAUUACUGAACAUGACACGCAACCCUUCUAUUAGACAUGCAAUUGAUGUCCGUCUUGUGCAGGUUCAUUCUACUUCGGGUGGAAAUUGUAGUUCUUCUGGGCAUUCAAACUUUCAAAGAGAAGUGGAUGCUCAAUAUUCUGAUUAUCCCAGCAAACAUAGUGUUCAUCCACCACCUGCCUUUGGUUCAUCACCUGAUGUUGAACUCACUCUUGAAUUCAACCAAUUACAUGUUCAAGACAGGCAUGACAACGUGAAUGAUAAUCGUCUUUAUUCCCGGGCAAUGCAUGACAUUACAAUUUCAACAUACGACAAGCCCAAAAAUUUAAGUCAGUUGAGUUCCUUACUGUCUGAGAUUGGACUGAACAUUCAAGAAGCACAUGUUUUUUCCACUAUAGAUGGCUACUCUUUGGGUGUUUUCGUUGUUGAUGGUUUUGCACUCGAGGAGACCGAACAGCUUAGAAAUAAGCUGUUAAAGAAAAUAACAAGACUUGAGGGGUUACCAACUGCCGAAACUGCAAGUUGAUGACUGGCUUGUGUUCUCUAAUAUGGGUGCAUGUACAACAGCUGCUGGGACUAACUUCAACGGGUUUAACACAUCAGCCAUCCCAACUUACCUUGCGUAUUUGAAUCCAAAGUUUUAAUUUCCUGAAAGUCUCUUGAUUAGAAAUGGUUUUUUAUGCUACUCCUAAAAUGGUUACCCACUGAUAAGGAGAUAAAUACUUCUAAAAUGGCUUCAUAUAUAUAGUUGCCUACAAAAUAAGGAGAUCUUCAUGAGGAUGUAAAUUGUGUAAUGAUCAUGAUAAUGCAUCCAUAUUCAUGAGGAAUGAAUCUAUGAACAUGGUUGUUAAAA